GUUUGCUACAGUUCAAUUUCGUAGCCACCAGACAUGUCAAGCCCGUAUGUAAUAGUUCAUAAAAUUAUGCCUAAAGAGGUCAUUUUCAAGGCAAUUGAGGAGUAGUCCUCAUGAGCAGUGGUCAAGUGUAGUUUAAUCAGCUAAAAGAUAUUAUCACAGAAUGUAAUGUCUGGUCCUGUUUUUGUUAUUAUCCUUACAGUUGUGCUCCUGAACUCGUACGAUACUCUUGUUCUCUCUCCAGUUCUUUCUUUACAUUUUACAGCGUUUACGACCAUUUGUUAUUAAUUUUGCGUUGACAAUCUACCAUGCACCAUGCAAGACGCUGUGUUCGAAACUGUGCCAAGAACGGAGAAUCUGCCCAUCACCCAAACCAUUGCUCGGAGGCGAGCGUCUUUGAAUCCUAUUAUGUUGAGUCGUUCGGCUCCUGACGCCCUCAACCUGGCUCAACUUAUACCGCUAAGACGUACGUCAAGGUCAAGUCUUCCUAUCAGCCCAUCUUGCAGCGUCGCUACUCAAACGCCAACAGAUGUUAAAAUGCACUUCCAGUUUCCUGAGUCAUUCGAAUUUGACAUUGAUUCCAUUGAUGGCAUUUCUUUACGGAGCGACAGUCGCCGAGGAAGUAACACAUCUUCUUCUGGCAGUGAUCGAGAAGACUUUUUGUCCUUAACCUCACCCUCUCUGCCACCCCAAGAUCUCAACAUAUGGAGCCGAUGUUUGCGACGUCUCAGUUCACACUCUGACAUUCUACAUGGAAUUGUUGGAGUCAAUCGAAGGUUUUCAUUUACUGAGCAGAGAGUAGAGAUGAAAGUUGAAGUCCAAGAAGUCCAAGAUGUUGGUCAGCAACUUCGAUCAAUUGGUGACGACUUUGAACGCAGCCGCCUCACUCGAACCCGUAGCAUGUCUUUCGUCAGUCAAAAGAAACGUUGACAAUCAAAUCAAACGAGUUUAUCAAGAUACUACUUAUUACUAUAUAUUUUGUAUCUUUAUAUAUCCGAAAUUGUUGGCCUGUUGUUAGUUUGCCAUUCCAUAAUUAAUUAUUUAUGUUUAUACGCGUGUUCAAUUUUGUUUGAGUAUUGUUUUCGAAGCUCUCUCUUGUUAUUACUUUGUAAGUUAAGAAAGAUAUUGUAGCAUUGUUUGCACCAAUUAAUUGUUUCCGUUAAAUCUGCAAGUUCUUGAAAAUUCCGUAGGCUACUGCCCAUGCAAUAUUGUGGUUUGUGUGAAGACCUUAGUAUAUUCUUUGUUGAUCAACCAAAGUGAAUUAUUUUGGUAAAUUUUACAGCUGAAUAACAUUGAAUUUUACCUGAGUAAAAA